AUCUAUUUGGUUAAUAAUUCACUAUUGAAAAUUUAUGGAGAUCAUGUACCUUGUGAUAAACUAAAUCUUCAAUCUAAUAAUGAUCAAAAAACGAUUAUAUGCAGUGAUACAUAUUCAAAGUUUGAUCGUUAUUAUUACUCACAAGUAAUACGUUAUAAUCAACCUCUUCCAAUUGUUGAUGUAACUUUUCGUCAAAUCAAUGAUUAUGUUGAAGUAAGUGAUAUAUAUAUUGUAACAAGAGUAUAAUAUCAAUAUGGAUAUGAUUUUAGAUUUUCGAACCAUCCUUCAUAAUCAAAUUUUAUGGUAUGCCCUAUGAGAAUAUCUCUAUAGGAAUUGAUGGUUUCAUGACUUUAAAGCAUUCAGAUGAUGAAUACCCUAAGAUUGGGUUCAUCACAAUGCUUUUAAUUCAUGGUGAUACAAGAUUUCAAGUAGAAAUUGGAAAUAAUGAAAUGAGGAAAUCAUACUAUCUCUUAAUAGAAGUAAACCAUCGUUUGUUAACUUCAGUAAAAACAGCGAAACAUUCAAAUCGGAUAUUGUAAAUAAAAAGGAAUAUGGAUUCUAAUUGCAUAUACCACUUAACUAUAGAUAUAUCAAACCAUGAAUUUAGAAGUGGGAUUUAAUGAAAAUGCAGUAAACAAGAACACGAAUGGGGACAAUCGAAUGCAUUUAAUACAAACUUACAGAGCAUCUCACUUAAGUUUGAGAACUAUGUAGUAAAUCGUUAAUUUGCAAAAUAUCAGUCAAUCGUCUCAAACUUCACUGUUCCUUUUGCAAAUAUCAGUCUAUUGUCUCAGAUUUCAUUAUUCAUGCAUUUUCAUAUCAACUGUGUUCCG